AUGUCUUGGCAGCCUGCCCCCGAGUCCUUGAGGCAGCUUGCCUCUUGCCUCAAGGACUCUCUCAGUGGCUUCGAUAAGAAUGCGCAGAAACAGGCCGAGCUCAUGCUUAAACAAGCAAAAAGCUCACCUGACAUCAACAACUACCUCGCCUACAUUCUCUCGAGUCCCGAGCCCCCCGAUGGCGUGGCCUUUUCUCAGUCCGAGUACCACCUUGUUCGUUCCGCUGCUGGCAUCAUGCUCAAGAACAACCUCAAAUCGGACUGGAAGACCAUUCCCGAGUCGAGUCUGCAGCUUAUCAAGCUCGCUAUACCUGUUGCUCUGCAGGAUAAGAACACCCAAAUUCGCAACUUUGCUGGCAACGUCGCAACCGAGAUCGUCCAAAAGAGUGGCUUGUUGGGCUGGCCAGAGCUGCUUCCGCAGCUGAUCGAGACCUUUGGCAAUGCCUCCGGACAAGUCCCGAACGAGGCUCAGGAGGGUGCCAUGUCUGCAAUGGCCAAGAUCUGCGAAGACAACACCCGCAUGCUCACCCGAGAAGUCAAUGGUCAGCGACCUCUCAACUAUAUCCUCCCGCAGCUCAUUGCUGCUACCAAGAGCCCGCUCCCCAAGGUCCGGAUUGGUGCUCUGACGUCUAUCAAUGUUUUCACGCCGCGCGAAUCCCAAGCAAUGAACAACUCCAUCGACGAUCUUCUCCAGCAUCUGUUCACUCUCGCUAAUGACGAAAGCCCCGAUGUCCGCAGACAAGUCUGUCGAUCUUUCGUGUCGCUGGUGGACCGCCGCCCCGAGAAGCUCAUCCCCCAUAUGGGUGGCCUGGUUGAAUAUACAAUCCGCCAGCAAAGAAGCGACGAUGAAGAUCUCUCUUGCGAAGCCGCUGAGUUCUGGCUUACCGUUGGCGAGCACGAAGACCUCUGGCAACAUCUCCGACCUUACAUCGAACAGAUCAUUCCUCUACUUCUCGAGUACAUGGUUUACAGCGGUGAAGACAUUGCUCUUCUCGGUGGCCAGUCCGACGACGAAGAUGAGGAAGAUAAAGCGGAAGAUAUCAAGCCCGCCUUUGCGAAGAAGAAUCUGACUCGUGCAAACGGCGACGGCACCAUGACCCCCCAGUCCGCCAAGGAUGGUUAUAAUGCCGUCGCAGGCAUGGAAGAUGACCUGGAGGAUGGAGAGAUUGAUGAUGACGAUGACGACGCUGGCGACGACAACCCCGACCAACGAUGGACAGUUCGCAAGUGCUCUGCAGCUGCACUUGACGUCUUUGCUCGCAACUUUGGAGGGCCCGUUUUCGAGUUUAUCCUGCCCUACUUGGAACGAAAUCUUAAGCACGAGGAUUGGCCUCAGCGAGAGGCCGCUGUGUUGGCUCUGGGUGCCGUUGCCGAAGGCUGCGAAACCGCAAUCCUGCCCCAUCUCCCAAUGCUGGUGCCAUACCUUAUCUCUCUUUUGACCGACCCGGAGCCGGUUAUCCGUACCAUCGUCUGCUGGACUCUCGGUCGCUACUCUGGCUGGGCUGCUGCUCUGCCAGAAGCUGAACGACAGCAGUAUUUCCUGCCGCUUAUGGAUGGUAUCUUGCAGAAGAUGCUUGAUCGCAACAAGAAGGUGCAAGAAGCUGGUGCUUCGGCGUUUGCCAACGUCGAGGAGCGCGCUGGAAAGGCUUUGAUCCCUUACGCGGAACCCAUUGUCAAGCAAUUUGUCAUCUGCUUCCAGAAGUACAAGGACCGCAACAUGUACAUUCUGUAUGACUGUGUGCAGACCCUUGCAGAGCAAGUUGGCCCGACACUUGCUAUACCCAGUAUUGCUAAGCAGCUGAUGGAGGCACUCCUGGCACGCUACAGCAUUCUGAACGACGAGUCUCGCGAGAUCUUUCCAUUACUCGAAUGUCUUUCCUAUGUCGCUCUAGCCAUGGAUACAUUGUUUGCACCCUACGCCAGUCCCAUUUUCCAGCGUUGCAUUGGCAUCAUUCACAACAACCUUGAACAGUCCUUGGCAUCUGUGACCAACCCCGGUAUUGAUGCUCCGGACAAGGAUUUCUUGGUUACGGCUUUGGACCUUCUUAGUGCGAUAAUCCAAGCUUUGAACCCCGAACAAGCCUCCCAACUCGUCAGCAACUCACCGCAGCCUAUGUUUGAGCUGCUUAGCUUCUGCAUGGAGGACCCCACAGACGAGGUGCGACAGUCGGCUUAUGCUCUGCUUGGCGAUUGCGCAAAGUUCCUAUUCCCGCUUCUAGAGCCACAUCUGCCGAAACUUAUGCCUUUCCUUGUCAAGCAGCUGGACAUGGAUGAGAUAUUGGAUGAGUCGAUUGAGACUGGCUUUGGUGUUGUCAACAACGCUUGUUGGUCCGCUGGCGAAAUUGCUGUGCGUUACGGCGAUGGCAUGAAACCCUUUGUCCAGGAUCUGAUGACGAAGUUUGUGGAGAUGAUGCAAAACCCGCGUGUGCCUUCUGGUCUGGUUGAGAAUGCUGCGACCGCACUUGGUAGACUCGGUCAGAACAAUGCGCACGUUAUGGCUCAUGGACUAGGCAGCUACGCAGGCCUCUACCUUGAGGCAAUGGAGGACGUUCUUACGAUGGACGAGAAAGCCUCUGCGAUGAAAGGCUUCACCGCCAUUGUUCGGGAGAACCCACAGGCCAUGGAGCCAGUACUUCUCCAGUACUUUGGCACCAUUGCCAACUACAACAUGGAUCUGCAGAAUCCCCUGAAGCAGCAACUUCACGCAGCUUUCCAGGAUAUUCUCAGCAUCUACAAAGCAAACAUUCCCGAGUUUGAUAGAUUUAUCGGGCAGCUUCCUGCCGCUUCCCAGGAGAACCUGAAAGCAAGAUAUACUUUCUAA